AUGAAGGUGCUUUAUGCUUUUGAUGCUCAAUGCGAUGGAGAGAUGUCCGUUUCCAUUGGAGAAAUUUUAACUAUUAUUGACCAGGAUGUGGGCGCCGGUUGGUGGCAAGCCAAGAAUCAAAGUGGUUCAGAAGGCUUGGUUCCAUCAAGUUUUCUUGAAGUAGUCUAUCUUCCCGAACCAGAUGUGCCACCUCCACCUCCACCGCCCGCAUCUCAAAGAGCAGGAUCUGUAUAUACUAAGCCAGAAGAUGAUUGGGAUGAUGAUUGGGCGGAUAGUGAUGAGGAGACGGCACACAACGCUCGCCCUGUAAGUAAAAUUCUAAAAUUUACCUAA